UUCGGCUGGUAUUGGCUCGCUUACGUUCAAAUCGUGAUGCGCCCUGGACAAGGGUUGACGACCUAGAGAUGCUACGUAUAAUACCAUGACCGCGGCUGCGGACCCGCCAGCCCACGUUUUCCAGCCUCACCACGAGGUACACAAACUGCGUUUUCAUGUUACCCUUGAUCUGGCAAGGUCAAAGUUAGCCCCCCAUGCUUUACAGAGAACCGGGAGAUUGUGAUUAAACGUCUCGUUGUCCACUCUGUUCGACCUUUGAUUCAACGUCCGCGAUAUCAUCUCCAGCCUCAUUUUCUACACUCAUAUCAAACACCCGAAUACAUCUAUGAUACAUCCAUGACAAUCGCCGAGGUGCUCGUCCUGUCUUUCUUAUUGUGGAUCUUGGCCCUCGGUUUCUCAAACGCAGCGUUACUGGUUGAGCGCCUUGUCCCAACAGAUCUACCCGUUGUUACUUCCGAGCCCAUAUGGUCCCUUGAAGCCAAGCUGGCCCUCGUGACCAUAUUCCUUGUGCUACCCAUGUCAAGCAUUGGCCUCAUACUUAAGCACAAGUGGAAAACGCACGACAUACCUGGCCCGAGGUCUUGGUGACGCAAGAGCACAUGUACUGACGUCGAGAUGGCCCACCAGCUAAAUAUCUUGACUAUGCAGGAUUGAGUAAUCCUGAACGACGUGGGGCAGUACCAAAAGAUAGCUUAUAGCUUAUUUCUACGGUUAAGGAUACGCGCUAUAUCUAAGAAUGCUAACUGACUACACUCUAUAGAACUAUUAGCUUUGCUACGUAUAUAUAUCCUUUA